AAACCGGAAGUAAGAGGAUCUCAUUUGAUUGUUCAACGUCAGAGGCUUUAUCACAAAAGAAUUUUGAUUGUGACAUUUCAGAAGCGCUGAUUAACUUGCAUUUUACUCGCGUGAUUGUCCGUAUGGUGUUGGGCAACGACAAUAUAUUCAGCCAUCGAGGCAACCACAAAUGCUCCACUGCUGAGUGGACACAACAAAUGAUAACUGGUGAAGAACCAUCAGACCUUUUUUGAGUGCCAGAACCUGAUGAAAGUGAAUGAAAGAAAGUGGAGGGUUGGAUGGUUUAAGAAAGCUGUAGCAGAAGGCGCCACUGAGGAUGGCUUUCCUUGACAAUCCCACCAUCAUACUGGCCCACAUCAGACAGUCCCAUGUGACUAGUGAUGACUCAGGAAUGUGUGAGAUGGUGCUGAUUGACCAUGAUGUUGACUUAGAGAAGUGUUAUUUAGGUGCCAUGUCUUGUGGUAGUGGAUUGAUAGGUUUGUUAGGGGAUGGCAUUGUUAGUGGAGAUGUGCAGCCCUGUGACCUUUCUCAGUCUGUGGACAUCACUUCCAGUUGGGACUUUGGUAUCCGUCGUCGCUCCAACACAGGAAAGGAAGAGAAUUUCAUGGGGCCAAAGCCUACUGCUCAAAGGCUGGAAAGGCUAAGAAAGGAAAGACAGAACCAGAUCAAGUGUAAAAACAUUCCAUGGAAGGAGAGGACAUCAUCCCAGUCAGCGGAAGACUUGAGCUUCCUUUUUGAAAAGAAGGACUUUAAGGACAGGCCUCGAAGCACAGGGACCAAAUCCACCCUCUCUCUGCGCCUAGAGCAGUGUCCUCAACAGCUCAACAACCCCUUUAAUGAGUACUCCAAAUUUGAUGGCAAGGGCCAUGUAGGUACAACAGCAACCAAAAAAAUAGAUGUCUACCUCUCAAUGCAGUCUACCCAAGAGAAGUUGCAUCCUAUGAUGGUAGUGACAAUGGCCAAUGCUCGAGUCCAUGAUCUUAUUGGCCUUAUUUGCUGGCAAUACACCAGUGAGGGCCGUGAACCAAAACUAAAUGAGAAUGUCAACACAUACUGCCUCCACAUAGCUGAGGAUGAUGGGGAGGUGGAUACAGAUUUCCCCCCUCUAGAUUCCAAUGAGCCCAUCCACAAGUUUGGUUUCAGCACACUUGCCCUGGUGGAGAAGUACUCAUCUCCAGGUCUAGGCCCCAAGCAGUCACUUUUUGUCAGAAUAAAUGCAGCUCAUGGUUUCUCGUUGAUUCCAGUGGACAGUUUGAAGGUAACCAUGAAAGAGAUUCUACAGAAGGCCCUCAAGAAAAGAAAAGGCUCACAAAAGGGUUCAGGCCCCAUGUAUCGUUUGGAAAAGCAGAUGGAGCCAAAUGUGGCAGUGGAGCUGGACAGUACACUGGAGAGUCAGAGCACACUGGAGUUCUGUCUAGUCCGAGAGAACAGCUCCAGAGGAGAGGAGAGCUCAGAAGAGGACCCGCCCAUAGACAUCAAUACAGUACAAGAUAUGUUGAGCAGUCACCACUACAAAUCCUUUAAGAUAAGCAUGAUCCACAAGCUCCGCUUCACUACUGAUGUUCAGCUAGGUAUAUCAGGUGAGAAGGUGGAGAUUGAUCCUGUCGCCAAUCAGAAAACAAGCACUAAGUUCUGGAUACGACAGAAGCCCAUCUCCAUUGACUCAGACCUGCUUUGCGCAUGUGACCUGGUAGAGGAGAAGAGUCCGAGUCAUGCAAUAUUUAAGCUCACAUAUCUUAGCAACCAUGACUACAAGGUCCUUUACUUUGAAUGUGAUGCUGCUACAGUCAACGAGAUCGUGCUAAAGGUGAACUACAUCCUUGAGUCUCGAGCCAGCACCUCAAGAGCUGACUAUUUUGCACAGAAGCAACGCAAACUCAGCCGACGUACCAGCUUUAGCUUUCAGAAAGACAAGAAAUCAAGCCAGUAGGACAUAGUCAGACCUCUGAUGAGUGUCUCUCAACCAAGCAGAGAGAAAAAAAAUUGAAGGAAAAAAUCAUUGUUAAACAGAAGCCUUUAAAUAGAAAUAGGGUGAAAUACAGUAGCUACAACAAGAGAGAAGUGAAAACAAUAAUCAUAACAAUGACAGAAGAUGAAAUAAUAUUGAGGGGAGGAAAGGAGGAAACAAGAAUGCAAAUUAAUAUAAGCUGAGGAAAUUAAGGUUCUGAGGUUAAGAUUAAGAGCGGGAGACUCUUAAUAGUAGUGUAGUUGAAUCAACUCCUCAGGGUCUAUCUCUAUAUUGGACUUAGCCAUUAUCUGCACUGAUACUCUCUACUGUCAUUCAAAAAUGUGAAAAGAAAAAAUAAAACACAAUUUUAGCUGAUACCAUCCAGUCUUUGCCAUUAUAGCAUAAGGCCAGGGAAGCUGCGUGUUGUGCCAGGGUUAGUGUUUUUCUUUUUGUAUUAUGUCCACUGCAUACAAGUAUAACAAAUGAAUGCAAGUGGACUCCUGAUGGAGUAAAGAUUUAAAAAACAUAAUUGCAAAUAACAUAUAUUUUCCCAAAGUAUAAAUAGUAACCAUAUUCAGGAUCAGUAAAAAAAAGAAACCCUUCUUACUCAUAAUGUUAAAUUAAAGACAUAGCACUCUUGGGACUUAAAAAAAAAAAAAUAGGCAUUUUUGCUUGUGACUUUUAACAAUAAAACUGAACCAGACUUAUUUUAAAUAAUGCAUGUGGCUGUUAGGUUCCAGAAAUUACAAACGUGAUCAGAUAAAUUAUUACAUGUAUUUUUUAUUUUUUAUUUUUUUGCUGUGAUCUGUGUUCUAUUUCACCCCUCCUAGCCACCAAGAGUGAUGAGAGUCACCUUGUUGAGUGUAUGCACAGAUGCCGAGAGCUUCUUACAAAGUCACAUAUUGACGUGUGUCACUAUAAUAUAUACUGCUUUCAUACAGCUUUUGUUCCUCUUUUUUCUUCUCGCCUCAUACACAUCGGACCAUGUGUACACAAUAUGGAGAUAGGAGAGAUAUGAGAGUGCAGGUUUCACACACGCAACACUCGUGUUGGUGCCCAGAUAACUCUGGGGUGACCUUUUGUUUGAUUACUUCUUUUCCACUCAGUUUUGUGAAUCAGUCAAUUGACAAAUGCAGCAUUUCUUGAAACUGGGGAUGCAGGGCAUGUUUCUUGCUGUGCUGGGUGCAUGCCCUGCAGUACUAUUUAUAUCAGGUGAUGGGCAUCCGAUCCUCAGACCACCUGUUCAUCUGACAUGUCUAAGCAGAGGCUGGCUCACCAUGGCCUAUAGACGGACUGCACACCCAGCCCAUGCCACGGUGAACACUGUGACAUGCAUCUCCUCCUCAUAUCCUCUCCUCUGUCCUUUUCCUCAUAAAAUUGUAAGCAUCCAGGUAAUUCUCACCGCCCCUGGCAGUUAGAAGGGGUAAAAUACACAGUGUCCCAAAAGUCUCCCUACACAGGGGAAAUUAACACUUUUAGCAAAAUGUAACUUUAUUUAUAAAACAUUCUCUACAUGAUUGCCAUUUCUUUGUAAACACACAUCGAGUCAUCUCUCCCAUCUUUGGCUCCCAGUGUAGUGUGUGAGGUGCUUGCCAUGUUUGCUGUUAAAGUCAAUUGCAACCUUGCGACAGCUUCCCGAUCUGGCCAUGAGAAUGAUUUCAAUACAUUCUUCUUUUGUCAAAGGCAUUCUUAAAGGCUAUCUGUAAAUAUAUAUAUAUAUAUGCACACACACACACACACAAAGUAUGAAAAUUUUUGGAAGACAUUUUGCUAAAAAGUGUUAGUGUUCUCCUAUGUAUGACUUAGGACACCCUAUAGAAUGCUUCUGAAUAGAAUGGUUUUGUGAAUCCAAGAUAACCAAUUACUGCACCAGAUGUCACUACCAGACUUUGUUAGAAAAUUUUGUCAUGUGUCAAGAAUGUACGUGAUUACCACUGCCCUUAGCGGUUAAUGGGGGUUGACUGUUGUUUUGAUUUUUUUUUUUUUUUUUAAUGAAAAUUGAGGAUGUAUAACAUGCUCUUUUUGUACAACAUUAUACAUUAUAUAUUUUAGGUUUGUUAAAUGUACAUGUUACUUUCUUUGCUUAGCCCUUUUCUUUAUUUCAAAUAUGGGAACAAACUUGCAAAAUGUAACUUAACCCCAAAAGCUGUGUUUUUUUCAAUUUGUUUAACUGGAUCCUUUUUUUGUUUGUUUUGUUUUGUUUUGUUUUUUGUUCAAAUACAAAACUCAUGUUUCACCUCAGGUUUCUGACUGCCAUUUUGUGUUGACUGCUCAAGGCUAUUCCCCCUUCAUUUGUGAUCUGUGAAGUUGCAGCUAAUAAAUGCCCUUCCUGUCCUGGGAGAAAGUGCUGCAUAAUUGCAUUUCAAAUGAAAAAAUUUUAAUAGGUCUUAUGGCAUUAACAAUAUUUGCUAGAUUAUGCAGAUACUGUAUUUAGGUAGAUUUUCCCAAUAAAGUCUGGUAUAAAUAC